GGCCCGCUCGCCGGAUAUAUCUUGGUCGACUCAACCCUUCCAUGCUCUCCCUCAUCAGCCCUCGCGCCGGCGCCAGGAGCACAAACAACAGCCGGGCAGGGCAGGCCGCCAUCCAUGCGCAGGCUAGCCCAUCGCGGCAAGCGGCCAUCGGCGGCCACACCCCCUCACCCUCCCAGCUGCCCCAUUCUCACACUCCUCACCCACAGCAGGGGGCGGUCACACGGCAGCCGCUGAUUGGACAGUUUGCCCAACCCCACACAGGUCGCCGGAAGAAGGGCAAGGGCACGGGGACACCCGGGGCAGCCCGGCGCUCGGAGCAGCCGGACACGACUCCACCCUCUGCUGGCAGCUUCGCAUCAGGUGAGCCCGCCCAGAUCGAUCCGCACAUCAUGAUGGCUCAGGAGGCCCUGCCGGCGGACGUCCUACGCCUCAUGCCGGCCUGGCCUUCUUGCGCGACAGGAGCACCGGACGGCCUUUUCAGAGAGGCCAGCAGACACAUCGAGGCGCACGCUUUGGAGUCGGGUCCAGGUGCGGGAGCUUGGCUUACGGCGGUACCCUACGCGGACUCCCUGCGCAUUCCGGAGGCGCAGUGGCAGGUGGCUUCAUGCUUUCGUCUCGGUCUCCCCAUUCCCCAGUUAGUCCUGGCAGUGGAGACUUUUGGGUGCCUGAGUGAGCCACUGCGGCAGUUCCUAGGGCUGUGUGCAUCGCGGACAGCACGGCGGAGGAGAGAUUCAGGGGCAGGGGAUGACGGGUCGGCACGGAUAUUUGAGACGAGCCUCACUACGCGUCUCUCCGUGGCACUGCAGCGCGCGCAGGCAAAUGUGAUCAUGCAGCAUGCAGUGCGGCAGCUGGGCGGCUCCGACAAUGGAUGGAUGCCAGCACCUGCCAACACUAGCGCCAGGAGAGCCCCCACCUCCUCCACACCCAUGGCCACAGGUAGCAAGGCUGGCACAGGUGCCUCCCGCCCGGCACAGGGCACACACCCUGUCGGCCACACGGGCGCUUCCCAUAGGAACGUCUGCCUCCAGCUCCGCGACCAGAUGGCGAGAGUGUUCCUCGCGUCACAGCAGUUCGGAGUCGGGGUCACGUGUGGCACAGAGGUCACCGUUAGAGGCGUUGUCCGCGCUCUAGCUGACCACCCAGGCUGGGUGGUUCUGCAGCUGGACGUGGCCAACGCCUUUAACUCUUUCUUUCGCGACGUCUUUGCGACAGCUGGGAGAGUCGGACGAUGCAUGGAUGCCGAUACCGGUACCGCUUGGCGCAGGCAGCUGGAGCGGACAUCACAUCAGUGGCUGCUUUGACAGUGUGGCCGAUAUGCAGUACCU